CUUUAUUCCUAGAGAUUUUAUCGAUCAUAGAUCUUCCCUACUGAAAAUGAAAUGCGGUUUUCUUUCCACGUGACUUGAGAGUCAGCGAGAGGGACUUUCCCCUAUUUACUUCCGCUAUGCAACUUUGUAAAUUUCGUUUGCAAAGUUUCGUCGGGUGAAAACGAAGUACUGACUGCAUUAAGAAGAUAGCUACAGCGAGCACCACAACAAUUUACGAACUAGAAAGAUCGUUUAGUUGUUUUGGUAAGUGUUAUGGUAGUUUAAUGCUCCUCUUAAUUGAAAGGAUUGUUAAUCUUCAGUCAAAAUUGAUCUGUUGUGAGCUACAGUGCCAUCAAAUUCUCACGAUGUUUUAUCUUUGAAGAGUCUUUCAGUUUUCGAGGGAGUUGCCUCGCAUAUAAAGUAAAUGUGAACCAAUGUUAAAUGUGCCACACGUUCCUAAAAAAUUUCCCAUGCAACCAUGUAACUUAUAUGUUAUGGAGCCAAUUAAGUUAUCCUUCCUAAGCCACCCUGAGCGGAACUUUUACUUAAAGAGUGAAAAUGUUAAUCAUCGCACACCAUCUGGGGUUUGCUAGGCAAUGCUUUACUUUUGGGCGAAAAAUUUGAGCUUCUAUUUCCCUAGCUAUCAACAGAAAUCGUCAAACAAUGUGUAAGGAAGUUAUUAAGACUUGAAUCAGUUCCAAGGAAGGGAAAUUGUGUGGGUGAUCAAAUUUCCAAUGCCCCAGAAUAAGAUCUGAUCCUUUAUAGUCCUUGACUAAAGAAGGAAAAGAAAUAAGGUGACAGGGUCAUCUACUGUAAGCUCACAUAUGUAGGACAACAUUCUUUAAAGUUUUCAUUCGAUAAAAUUUCUUCAUAUUUCAUUAAAUUACAUGGAUCUAAAACAAAAUUCAUAUCAUCAACCUCAUGCCCAAUCAUUUAAGCAUCAAUAUUUCCUAUUGCUUUUUGUAUACUCAGAUUCCUCAAGAGAUAUGGCUGAAACUUUAGCCCUUUUGAUUGGACCAAGUUAUUCAGAAGAUUUGCCAACCUACUGUGGCCCCUUGAAAGGUGUAGCAAAUGAUCUAAAGUUAAUGAAAGACAUGCUCUGUGAGAAUGGAUUCCAACCAGAAAACAUUAAGGUCUGUAGAAAGUCUCCAAAUUUUUGCAGUCUGGCACUGCGUAUCUUAAAUUUAUCUCUACCAUUGAAUGUAUACAGUGUCCUAAUAAGCCUAUAGGGCCAGUGUUCCAAAGUCUUCAUUUGGAAACCAAAAAUCAGAUUUUCAGUUUCAUCAUUCAGUGGCCAGCAACUGUUUUUGAAGACUCGUGUGACAUUUCAAGAUUUAAAAAGAGGAAACAAGAAAGUACUAAUAUAUAAGGGCUACUUAUAUGGAUCUAAUCUAGUAGUUUAUGGGGUUUUUCAUUUUGCAAGAUCUGGAUGCAAACAUAGCUGGGCAAGCUUUAAAUACGUCAACAAAACAAAUGUGGUGGCUCAAUAUGAUCACAUAAUUGUUAUCUAAAAAGUUGUAUUAAAACAUUAUAAACAAUAGAUUUUUAUAUUGAUUGAAUUGCAGCAUGGAGUACUGCAGACACUGGCAUUUUGAGAUUUCAAAGACUGAUCGACUGUGUCAAAAAUCCUAUCAAAAUAUGCUCAAAACUCAACUUCUCAACACUGCUGUUUUAAACUUAACUUGAUAACCUGGCCACUUACCUUAUCAUUAUAUAUCAAAACCUUUCUAUGCUUACAUUUAAGGUCCUUGAAGGCCUGCUGGCAUCACGGGCAAGCAUCCUAGCUUCCUUAGAAGAAUUGUCUGUAAGGGCACAAAAAGGUUCAGUGGUGGUUGUUUAUUAUUCUGGCCAUGGCCAUAGCUUUGAUGCUAAACAAGCUGGCUAUUUUGAUGAAGGCUUGAUUCCUGGGGACUUAACAAGAGAAAUGGUAAAUAAUAAACACAUGUAGUUCCCAUUUCUCAGUGUAACUAAAUUUAAAUACCGUGACCAUUAGAUAAAAACCAUUUGACAUCUUGGCACAGAGAUGGAAAGAAGGUGUAUGUAACAAACUGAUCAUUGGCCUAAUCUAUCAAAUCAAAACUCUGGUAAGUUAGGGAGUAUUUCAGUAAGUAUAAAUUUGCAAUGAAAGAGGUGCUUUUCAAGUUUUCUCCCUGGCCAACACCUUUAUGGGCCAUGUCACUCUGAUGUAAGUGUAUUAGUGUAGCUCCUUUAUUUUUAACAUAAGAUUGUAGUAAGUCUCAACUAAGUCAACCUUUUAUGUUUUUAAUUUUUUUUGCAGGUUGAUGAAUACCACAUCCUUGAUACUUGUAUAACAGGUGAACAUUUCAAUCCUCACCUGUCCAAGUUGAUUAACAAGGGGGCACUUGUCAAUGUUAUCUUUGAGUGCUGUUUUUCUGGCCGUAUGUACAGAGGUAAUUCAGAGGUGAAAAACACCUACACAGGCAUAAAACAGGUAAACCACUGACUGUGGGGCAAUACUGUAGCUCAAAAGUUUUUCUUGAUUUGAAAAUGUGCAAAGCAGAUAAACUUCUAAAUGUAUUUUAUACUGUAGAUUAAAUCAGAUGAUGUGAAUGAACUUACUUUUGUUGCAUUUGUUCUGAACCAGUUUCAAAUACUUUGGAUCUAAAAGUAAAUUUUAGUGUCACAACUGGUUUUCAGAAAACCUCAACCAUUGAUCAUUUUAGAAAGUCCAGUUAAAGAAGAAUUGUUUGUCCAAAAGCCAUAUAUUUUUUAUUUCUGCCGUAAAGAAGUAUGAGUCAUUGUGUUUCUGGGAAAGCUCAGUCCACUUAAGUCACACAAUGCAUGUUUCCACCAAGGCAAAUAAGUAAGCAUUGCAACAGAAAAGCUUUUUGGGAAAUAACAUUGAAGUUCUAGGCCAAGCCUCUGGGUGUCUACAAAACGAAGACCGAAGACCGAAGACCGAAGACCGAAGACCGAAGACCGAAGACAAUUUUAAAGACUUGGCUGUGACCUAAUACUGUAGCAAAAUGAUUUAGUCUUAGGAUAGGUGAUAGAAAGCACAUAUUGUUGUUGUUGUUUUUUUUUGUGGGGGCGGCUAAAACAGUUCAAAUGUUUCAGUAUAUCAGUCAAAAAAUAGGCCCGAUUGCAAUUUAAAACCGCAUCAGUCUAGACAACUGAUGCACCCCUUUUUGUCGCGCGCGGUUGAAAUCGGCAACGUAUAAUAGAUUCUUCCUUCCCAGGGGUCUGGCAAAGCGUUUUAUCAAGGGUCUUCGUUUUGUAGAUUUAGGGGGGCUUUUCUACAAAACGAAGACCCCUGUUAAUUUCACAUUGGUUUGUGCUGAGGAACGCUUUGGGUUAGUUUUUAACUGUCCGUGCCUUAUUCGGGCAAAAAAAUUAGGGUCUUCGUUUUUCGGUCUUUGGUCUUCGGUCUUCAGUCUUCGGUCUUCGGCCUUCGGUCUUCGGUCUUCGGUCUUCGGUCUUCGGUCUUCGUUUUGUAGGCACCCCCAAGCCUCUGUUGCUUUGAAAAUUGGUGUAUGUUCUCCUUCAAAAGUAUUUUACAGUGUUGUUAAUAAUAAUGUUGAACUUUGAGUUUAGUCCUUACUCAAAAUUCAACAUUAUUAUUUGCGGUAACACUGAAGGAAAACAAUUAGUAAAGCUUGAUUACAGUUUUGGAAAAUGUUAUGAAUUUUGGCAGAAUUUCCUGUGAUGGACCACAUCUGUUGCAUAUCCUUCCCAGGAUUAAUGUCAAUACCUGAACCCUUUCACUCCCAGAUCUCAUUAUUUAUUCUCCUUACUGUCUGUCAACCAAUUUUUAUAAUGUUAGUUUGGAGAAUUUUGCAUGGGAUCAACUAUUAAUCCCCUAAUUGACAUUUUACUUCAUUCUUAUCACUUGCCAGCUUGAUAUUGUAUUGACAGUGUAAGGAGAAAUUCUGUCUUGGUCACUUACAGGAGUUAAGGGGUAAAGUGCAACAUAAGAUGUGAGUUGCAGCAGUUACAUAAUAAACUUGUGAUUAAACCUACAAGCAGACUUAAAUGCAGACACUAAUUGCAAGUGUUUUGAAUGUCUUCUUUGCACAGCUUGCAUUGUCUGAUGAAUACAUCAGUGAGUAUCAAAAGGUUCUAAAAGCCAGAGGGUAUCCCACGGAGCAUGAAGAAGAGCACUUUCCAGUUCAGGAAACACAACUGAGUUCAACAGUUACUCAGGUAGAUUUUUUAAAAAUAUUAUUUUAUUUUUCUUUUCAUGUACAUAGUUAUGUAAGAGCUUUUCCAUAACAAGACUUUAAGUAGCUUUUUUGAUUCUUUGAUGGUUGUUGCCUGCAUAAUGAAACAGGUUAUACUAAAGUAGGUGGUGGUCACCACUGUUGAAUAACAUUCAAUUCAUUAGGUUGAUAUUUUCUUCACAAGAAAUGUUCCUACAUGAUCUGCUACAUACGCUUUGCACCCACUGUGAACUACACAAAUGCUUUGAUGUGAAAAAUUUAGGAAAAUACUCUUUUCUUGUUCUUCUAUCUUUCCUCUUCAAUCAAUUGAUCAAUCAAUCAGUCAAUCAAUCAAUCAAUCAACCAAUCUGUCAAUCAGGGUAGUAUCAUCACCUGAGUUAAUAGCAUAAUUUGGCCAACAUAAAGAGUGUUCUGACAAUCGAUCAGCUUAGAAACUCUUUACAAUAGCCAAUUUGCAUUUCUUUAUCAACUCAGUUGACAAUACUUAGUUACCCUGUUAUGCUCUCCAUGGCAGCACCACAGUUUCUCCAGAACCUUACCCUCUUGAGGCAGUCAAUCAGUUAGUCAUGCCAUCUGUGUCACUCUUUCAAUCAAUUUCUCACCAAUAAGUCAAUCAUUUCACUGAUGAUAACUGUUCAUUUACUUUAUAUUCAAGACAUACCAAAGAAAUACCAUCUACUAGUAGGUUGUGAUAUUGUGAAGAUGUUCACUUUGUGAUUAUUGUUCACAUAGCAUCAGAUGCAUCUUUCUCCAUUUCAGGAGACACAGCCAGCCAAUCCAGCAAGUGCACCUGUGGCUCUACCCUACCCAGUCAGUGAGUUUUGGACUCCAGCUUUAAAAUCAGAAGGAUGGUCACCACAUGAAAAUGACAAUUUCAUUUUCAUGGGAGCCUGUGCAACAAAUGAAAGAGCCUAUGAGUAUACGGAUCCUGAAACUCAUGAAACCCAUGGAGUCUUUACUUCUGCACUGGUAGCAGCUAUCAAAGAGUUUCCACCAGGACAAAGACUCUCCUACAAUAUGCUCAAAAGGUGUUAAGGGUAAUUCUCCUAAUAACAUCAAAGCUGAAAUAACUUUUAAGUCUCUGACAGACAACCACAACCCCUGAUAGCCUUGUUUUUUUCUUUUAUCCCUUUAACCCCUAAGAUUGACUAACAUCUAAUUUCUCCUCAUAACAUCACCCCUGAAUCAAGCAUUAAGGUCAUGAGAAUAAAGGAGAUGAUCACCAACCUAAGAAGCUCUUGGUUGUUGAACAAAUUCUCCUUGUUAGAACACUAGGAAGUGUCUAGGGAGGCUAGUAUGGAGAAUAUGCAUACUGAUGUUAGGGAGUAGAGGGUCAAGGAAUACAUUUACCUCUUUCAUGGGUGCAUAGCUAGAACUACAGGAACUAUGUUUAAAUUUACUUUGUUUGUCAUGAUUAGUAAUUAUUUUGAUUUUUAUGAUAGUCUUGUAAGACAAAGGAUGGCUGACAAGAAGCAACGUCAGACUCCGCAAUUUGAGGGGGGAAACAUGAAUUUGAUUCUGUUCAGCUUUGACAAAGGUGACUUGUUAAUUUAACACUAUGGUGUUUACAAAAUAAUUAGGUUGGACAGGUAUUUUUGAAGGCUCAGAGGGCCUUUUGUUUAUAAAGGGAGGUCUGCACCUAGCUCCCUGUAUAAUUUGAAGUCCUAGACUCUUUCAGUUGCAUUUUAAUGCAUUUUGAGGUCUAUUCUGAUCCAUCUUCCUUUUUUGUUCCUGGAUGUCAUCAGUUUCAUCAAAUUUGAAGAGAAUCACAUACGUGUGAGAAGUGGAAUGAUGUUUGUCUGAAGGCAGUGAGUGGGUAGCCAGCUCAUUCUACCUGUUAAAUUAAAUGGCUGCCUUUGAAGUUCUUGUUGCAUUAAAUUAUUUUUCAACUGUUACAUCAAAAUCUUACCUUAUUGGUGUGAGAUUUACAAACCAUCUUAUCAAAUCUUGUCAUUGAAAUCUAUGUGACAAAUUGCCGGGAUUUACAAAAAAAAAACCCUAGGGUAAGGUUUGGAAUUCCUGUGGGGUUCUAAUCAUAGCCUUAUCUUUAAGUGCUUAAUGUCUUCAUGUUUCUUUCUGUUAUGACCAUAUAAUUUAUUUUGUUAACUUGUGACUGCAUGUUAGAGGAAAAACACUUCCAAAAAGGUGGUGUUGUAUAUAUUUGAAUGUUCUCUACAGCACCUCCACCUCCCAUAUCAUUUGAAGUGAAGGAAGUUCACGACAAGAGAGAGUUUACAUACAGAAUCACACUCAAUGCUGGAUUUCUACAGGGUGUUGUUGAAGGAGUGUAUUACAUUUUCGAUACUAGACUGACAGAUGAAAAUCAAAUGGAGGAUUUCCGCGUGGCAACCGUUAAUGUCAGUCAUGAAAACAUCCAUGCAACAGAGUCAACUGCUGAAGUGGAAAUUAACUCUAUCUUUCAUGAAUGCAAAGUCAAAGUAAGGCUGUCUUUAGUUUUGGCUCUCAAUCUUUUUUAUAUUAAGUUAAGUGGAAUUUUCUGCCAUUCCCAGCUCUCCGUAUAGUUUUGCAUGCAUGUGAAUAUUUUUUUUUUCCAUAAGUGUUUUGGAAGGCAGGGAUAAGCUGUCACGUGCUCACCCUUGAACUGCUUGUUUCUCAUUGGAUGAGUGAUUUAUAGAUAUCACAUUCUCAAAAACAUUUUUUAUUAAUAUAUAAAUUAUGUUGCACAAGAGCAGUAUAAUACAGCUUUCAAGGCUUGGACAUUUCCCUCAAGAUUUGUAAUAUAUCAACUGCAGCAAAUGGUUUGAACCAGGGGGUAACAUGUGAUAGUGUUAUCUGAUUGUCCCAGUGGGUGUAGUCCUGACAGGGUCUCAUGUUGAUAGUGGUGACUGUUUCUGACAAGAGUCUUCCAAGUGAGUGAGUGUGACCACACUCACCCACCCAGAGUGUGAGUGUGAGUGUGAGUGUGAGUGUGAGUGUGAGUGUGAGUGUGAGUGUGAGUGUGAGUGUCCUCACACUCACCCAGAUGAUCACAGUACAUUAUCACAAUAUACAAACUGUUGUUCAUUAGAAACAGUUGUUUGUUGGUUUUUUUUUUCCCACCCUCUUGCAGGUGUAUCCAUUGUUUAGUGUUCAUACCACACAUAGGUUUGACAUUCCUAUUUCAAUUGUCACCAAUGGGUGGGUUAUGUCUGUUUUACUCUACAGCUACACUAUAUAACUUCCUAAUGUAGCUGGGGAAAUUUAUUAUCCAUAACUUGGAUUAUUUUUUUGAUUAUUUAGCCUUAACUGCAGAAUGUUAUUUGUGUGUUCCUUAAAAUUAUUUUGAUUCGUGGUCAGUGCCUCCUCACAAAUGGUAUUCAAUUUGGUGUAGAUCAUUUGAAGCUUAUUAAAUUGAAUGGAGAAAUACACCUCAAUGCAAAACAUAUCUCCAGUUCUUUUCAUCCUUUAACUCCCAGAUCAAAUUUUAAAUUCUCCUUACUAAUUACCAUACAAUUCCUAUAAUGUUAGUUCAGAGAAUUUAGUAUUGCAUCAACGUAUUAUCCCCAAAUUGGUAUUUUUCUUUAUUCUCAAUACUUAUCUGGUUGAUAUUGUAUUGAUAUUGUAAGGAGAAAUUCUGUCUUGGUCACUCAUAGGAGUUAAAGGGUUAUAUAAUAAAUAAACUGAAUUAUACAUGCAUUUUGGUUGGGUCUUACUCAUGAUCUUUUGGAGAACAGACGUAAGGAUGACAUCACCACUGAAAACAUUUGGCUUUUUUUUCACACAAAACAAAUAGAUUGUGUUACAUGUAAGAGCAUCAGUGUCACACUCGACUGCGCGUCGUGUGCCUCUUCUUUUUGUUCUUGCCACAUUUUGACGUUAUCUGUGAUCUUUGAUUGAACAGACCCACGGCAACGUAGCAUCUUUAUGUUUAUUUCACGUGGCUUGAAAAUUUUUUUUGUUUCUAUUUCAGGUGGGAUACAAAGCUCGCCUGGCCAAGCUAGGAAGUAUGUUCUAUCCCAUUUGCAUCAUUGCUACAGAGCUUGAAGAGAAAUAUAUUCGCGAAUUGAAACAGGCAAUAUUAUUGGACAGCCUGCAGAUGUUCAGCUUAAGAGAACAAGAAACACCCGAAUGUGUCAAGAUGGACGUGGUAACAAUCGAAAAGUAAUUAGCAGCAAAUUUUCUAAUACUUCUACGUUAUUGUUUCAGACCUCUGUUUCAGGCCUCUAACACUAAUUAAAUUAAUUUAUUCGGCAUUUCCCUAUUUGGGAUAUAGACAAAAUGUAAAAGGGAAUGAACUAGUUAUGGCUCAAGCGGUCCCGGACAGGUUUGAGCUGACGCACUAAAGCAUCGGGUUAAAAUGAUUAAAGGUGAACGUACAUGCAAUCGGAACCAAGUGUGCAGAUUUUAUGAUUUUGAUUGAUCCUUUAAGGUGGUGUAAAUUGUUUAAUAGUUUAUUUACGUGUUUUUUUACGUGUUUGUUUGCGUGUUUGUUCGUUUUUAAUUGUUUGGAUCACUCACGCGCAGGAGUAUAUUAAAAGAGGCAAUUCAGAAGUACUGUGACACUCAUUUUCAUACAGGAGAAUCCGCUUACUUCCGCUCGUGUGGGGUGUGUUCUCCGUGUGUUGGUUUGUUUUCUUUAAGAUAUCGUGUUAUGCAAAUUCUCAAGCCUUUAACUCCCAAGAUCCCUUUAGUAAUUCUCCUUACUGUCUGCCGUACAGUUCUUGUGAUGUUAGUUUUACGAAUUUGGUAUUGGAUCAACUUAUAAUCCCCUAAUUGAUAUUUUUCUUUAUUCUCAUCACUUGUCUGCUUGAUAUUGUAUUGAUAUUGUAAAGAGAAAUUCUGUCUUGGUCACUCAUGGGAGUUUAAAGGGUUGAACACUUCCAUGAGCGAAUCUUAAGUAAGAAAUUUGAUGCUCAGGAAAAAAUGUUGGCGUGCCAUUUACAAAGGAAGGAUGAUUGCACCGGAUCAACGGGUUGAGGAUGGUCACCUCAUGAUAAAAAAUCUUUCCAAGCGUUUUCGUGUCAAGUUUGGGACCCGGCUCAGGGAUCCCGAUCACAACAUGCUGAGGAAUGUUAGCCUCAAGCUGUUCAAAGUGGAGAACGUGCCUUCCUACAAGAAAAAUCUGACUAAGAAGAAGGAGUUGAAAGCUCAGGCUGUUCAAACCGCGGAAGUUUAUGAAGGUAAUGCCGUAUAAAUAGGGUGAGAUGUUAGAAGGGAACAUUUAAGGAAAGUUCAAAACUUUUUUUUUUCAUUAUUCUGAGGAAUAACCGCAACAAAGGCCUCUAUGAUAUACCUAUUGACUCCCCGGCAAGGGGGGGGAGGGGAGAUAUUAUCAUGAAAACUUUCCCUUUAUUCCCUCCCUUGUAACUGUAUGGUCAUGAGUAGGAGCAUCUUUUGAUAUUCAAACUUUUUCAGUAGAUUCCCUGGCAGCAAGGGGCAACGUUCCUCACUAUUUUCUUCCUGGUUAUUUCUUUGUUCCAGGGCACCCAGAGGAUUAUGUUCCAAAUUUUGGAGCCCACAAAGUCGAGCUUGCACCCAACUCGGGUUAUCGUAGAAAGUACGAUGUGGUAGAUUCUUCAGGUGACGCGGUUGUGAUUCAGAUCACCAAUAACGAGGAAUUUCCAAUUCACGUUUGUUUGAUUUCCUACCAGUCCGAUGGCUCCAUUGUUGCCUUGUAUCCGGCAGCGAAAAAGGCGAGUUAUUUUUUUAGUUUGUUUUAUAAUUGGGCAUCGUACAUUGCUUUUACCGGAGAAGGGUUUUUUACAUCUUCAAGACUAACAUUUUUGUCGUUGCCUUAUUCAUCCACUCUGUAGGGUCUCACCUCUGUGCUCAGGCCUGGUGAGUCAGUAUCAGAGAUCAGGCGCGUUUUUCUCCAGCCUGAGACAUUCCGUCUCAUGGAAGAGCCCAACGAUGAAUUAACAAGACCUGACGGAUGUAACGACAUCAUUAUGUUGUAUGCCACCACUGCCGAGGCUGAUUAUCUGCCUCUGUUCCAGACUUCUAUAGAGCUCAGUCCUUAUUUGAGCACUAGAGGGAUUGACACACCCGACGUAUGUAUCACUUUCCUUAGUAUAAAUUAAGUCCGUUUAUGAAUGUACAAAUUGUUAUUUGAACGUUUUGAGUGGAAAACUCAAACAAAUGAUAAGCCUUCGAUUUGUGAAUGUUCCCCUACAUUUACAAGACUUCCUUAACUGUUCCAUUCAGCUCGAAAUUAGCCAAAACCAAGACUAUUUUCCCUUUCUAUUUAUUUCUUCGAGUAUUCCGUUAAGAUACACUCAUCUUAUGAGGUUGUAGGUGUGACAUGCACCAAUCGAUGUGGGUUUUUACCAAUCGAAGCCGGUGAAAAUUGUUAAGGUCAGCGAAAAGUCACGAACCCUGUUUACUUAAUUACAUAACAUAAGUGUAUCUUCAUGACUUUUUCUGUGUUGUUUAAAACAGGGAUUAGGACUUUUCACCGUCGCCAGAUUUCGAGACGCUUUGGACUCCGAGCCUCGUAGCCGGGACGUUGUGCGCGAAGACGUGAGGUGGAUUACUAUAAAGCGAGAGUUCAGGGUGAUAUACCAUCCAGAACAAACCUUUGAGAAAAUCGACCCUCUCGAGGAGUAAAAGGAGCAAAGCAGGAACUAGGAAUGUUGUUCUAUAUUCCUUUUUUGCAUCUCUUCUUUUUUGUGCUGUUGUUUUUAUUUUAAUCUCCUAACAAAGGUUUAUUCCUGACAUUGACUGCAAUUUAACAGAUCUAAAUAUGAACAUUUAAAUUUUAAAGCAUUUAAUAGGGAUACACGACCACUAAUCCUUUCACGCUCUGGUGUAACUCAAGUUUUUGGAAAAAAAAAAAAACUUUUUGUGGUUGUCUUUUCUCUAAAGUUUUUCUUUGAGAACAGUGGAGCCUUAAGAAUAAUAUCGUUUUGCCUAAAAGUCGAAAAAAACCCGCAGAACUGCAUGAGCUAAUUUUGUUUUUAUCAAGAGCAUUAGUUUGAUUUUCUCUCUGUUAGAGGAACGGUAAUAAGGGUAAUCCCUUUCGCAACCGUUUUUUGCCCUCGUCACGCAGUGCGCUCUCUCUAACGGGGAAUAGAUGGCGUUGUGUGACGAGAACAAACAACUGCUGCGAAGAAGACAACAGUAAGUGUGGCACUGAUGCAUUUUUGCUUAGUAUUAUUUAGACAAUAGAGACAGUAGACCACAAAAUAUUUGUGUGAGUUCAGAUAAAUUGUUUUUUUUUUCUUAAGGUGAAGUAAUGCGAUAUUUUCAUCCGUUUGAAAGGUACGCUCUUUUUCUGUUAUGAAAAUGAAAACAUUAGGUACACAAAGUGUCCCAUCUCAACCCGCUCAGCCGAUAGAAUAAUUAAUGCAUGCUACACAUGCCUAUGAUUUUAAAUGACAAAGAGGUGCUUUUUGAAUAGUACUGCUGCUGGAUGUAAAGUCUAAUGGUUUUGAAAGAUACCCUUGUUUGUCUCCUUCAAGUAGACUACAAGACAAGUUAAAGAUUAUGGGUCAUUUUUUCUGGACCCUGGUGAAGGGUAGGGGGUUGGGAAGAGGUUAUAACACUGUCGUGAAGACGAAUGGGUGGGUCACGGGAGAACAAUGUAUAAUACCUAUCUUAAAAAAUAAAUGUUACUAUGAGUGCUGUUCUUUCAAACUGACCUUAAAAACCAAACAUCACUCAUUGACUUUUCUCAGGAUUGUUUUUCAUUUUCAUUUAAAGAUAGAAAACUGACAUGAUACUUCAUUCUCUAAGAAUAGAAAGGAAUUAAUUUAGGUUCCCCAUUAUUUAUUUGAUGAUCAUGGUUGAUACGUUGAUAAUUUGACCCAGUAAGGAAUCCCUCCCCAACCCUCAUGUCAAUGUUGUUAAGGACAGGGGCGACAAAUUAAAAAUUCUAAGAGUACGAAGAAUUUUGUAAAAGGGAAAGUGAC